AGUGCGCGGCUUUGGUUCCGAAAAUCUAAGUCGCUUCAACUUUUGAUGUUAAAUGUCUCAAUUUUUGAAUUUUUCUCACAGUCUGCAUCUUCAAAAUCGAUCUUCAUACGAACCGAACUGACGAAAGCAUAGCUCUCUUUCUUGUAUCUUUUAUCUAAACACGACUCUACGUACAUUUUUACAUAUCAAAAUCAUGUCCCGGCCAAUUUUUAAAAAUAUUCUGCACCUCUUGGCACAACUAGGUGGCUGUGGUCAGAUCUUUUCCUAUCUGUUAUCAUGAGCAAAAAUCUCCCCCCCCCAUAUCGAAAACGAAAUUUGUGAUGUUGAUUUGUGAACACAAAUCUUGUCUUGCAGUAAAGGAUUGCAGGCCUAUAUCGUGCCGGAGUCGAGAGGUUUUGGUCUAGGCGCUUAGCAUGGGGAACGUCUAUGCCGUAGGCCCAAUAGCAUUACACACCCCCUGCAUAAUGGGGCGGAGCCUGUGGCGUUGCUUUCUUGCAUCACAGAUGCGAUUUGUGGUCACAAAUCAGCAUGACAAAGCUUCUUAUCGAUAUGGGGAGGGGGGAUUUUUCCUCGCAAUACCUGGCUGUGCCAGGACUCGCUGCGGCGUCGUCGUCUUCGCGCCUGGGGGGAUAUGGACGGAUCGGUCAAGACACUUUACGAAGGUAGUGCACACCUCCCCCUCCCGCUCAUUUGUAAUGCAAAAACCCAAAUCCAUACCGUGGCCGUGCCUCUCCUGAGCACUGUCUGCAUGACAAAUUUCCGAAGCUCAAACAGUACUACAGUCCGCACGUAAAAAAAUUUGUCUUUGUCAUGCGGAAGCUUACAUUUCUGCCGUUGCUUAUGACAUAAGCAACGGCAGAAAUGUUGCUGCCCGUGCCCUACAAAUGAGGAGGAGUCGUAGUUGUGCACUGAAUACACUUGGCCGAACAUUUAUUCGUAUUUACCUGGUCCGGAAAGUAGUCGACACCCUGAAAAGGAAGAGGAGAUAAAGAAAUUCGCUCAGAACGCGAAGCGGCAUUACCUCGGAAGUGCGAUGUUGAAACGAGCCGCCGCGCGGUGGUACGAACGCCACCACACGGCAGCUGGGUCUGCAUUGGAAGCAGAAGAUGGCACAACUUCUUAUGGCAUGCUCAAACAUUACAAUCUCAAGCGUUACAAUAGAAUCUGGAAUUUGUAUUGCAUGAAGAGCAUGAGGAACGCAGAGAGAAUUGAGCUUUUCGCAAUACAAAUUUUCCCGGAUUUCAGGUGGGUUUGGGACUCCGAAACUUGUCAUGCGCAAUUUCAUGGGAGUAGGCUAGAUCAUGCAGUUCUUGCAUCACAGAUUUCCAGAUUCUAUUGUAACAGUUGAGAUUGUAACAGCUGAGCAGGUUAUACUUCUAUGUCGAGAGAGGAGAAGAAAACUGCAUCGCUGCGACAGGAAAUGGAACACGCCCUUCGAAAAGAGCUGAGUAUCCUAGUGACAAUAAGUUCCCGUCCUAUUAGUACUACUUUUUUGGCAGUAGAAAAAAGAUUGUCUUGCUCCGAGCUACCGCUGCUCAUGCAAGAUGAUGUUGAAACUGCUCAUGAUGCAAGAUGAUGCGGCUCUAAUAUAUAUGAACAAAGGUGCACCUCCACGGUGAGUGCGCUCGCGCUCCUAGAUUGAUAAAGAUUCUCAAGCAAAUAAUAAUAGAGAGAAGUCCUCCAAGUCGCUGAAGGUCCUUUAAUUAUUAUAUUUGUUGCAGCAAAGCUGCAAGGCUGCGUCUGCAUCUUGCAGCUUGGGAAGGCAGACGCCACGAGUUCACAAGUUUUACAUACUGGAACUGGUUUUCAUUUGGAUACGAAGCCGCAAGGUGUCUCUUGCCCCUACAAGAGUGCCACCGGUAGCAGCUGCGAACCAGGAUUUUCACCAGGGCUUCUUGCAUACUGAAGAUGUGGCGAGACAUCGCCUGCCGGCAAGUCAGCAACUUCUCCGUCUCGGCGGCUUCAAAUGCUCUGCGAAUCAGGCGGAUGACCGCCUGAAUCCGGAGGACCGUUACCGAGACCACAUCCGGCCUCGGUAUGCACGAUCCGGCGAGGGGCACACUGUUCACCAAUAUUCCGAAACGUGGCUUUCGCAAGAACUUCUCGAGAAAAGCAUUGAUGAAAAUUUCUCUGGUAAAAGCACCCAGAACUACACAGACCCAACGGAUGUUGAGUAUCAAGCAGGACGAAGAGCUUCUGCGUCGAUUGAGGUGGACAGGACUACAGCAGGAACGACGCCUCCUGUGUUCCACCCUGGUGCCACAUCUUCGACUAGAGGAACUACACGACACGACCAAGAACAGAACGACGCGCGGCUUUCCUUCCCUUCUCGUCCUACUAAUGAUCCCAGCUCGGUGUUGGAGGCAAGCUUUCCCAAAUACUUACACUGGGUGCAAGCUUCCAACCAGGAGCGCGUGCCUGUAGAUGAAGGUUCCGAGGCGCUGUCCCUCAGUGAAAGAACCAAGGAGCGCAUGUUCGGAAGUAAAGAGACGCCGCUCGCUUCCUAUUACCCAAAAGUCUUCAUGCGCAAAACGGGUUUAGCUCUGGGGACCCUCGCGAAGCCAGAUGAGGACCACCUGCGGUUGAGACACCUCCGGUCCCACGAGCGUGGCGACUCAUCGCAGGACCACGUUUACACCACGGACUUUGACCUGGAUAGUAUCCCGGAGGCAAAUAAAACGUACCCACCGGACCAGAUCCAAGAAUGUUGAAAAUGCAUGUUCAAACUGAGGCCGGCGCCCAAAGCAUAACUAUACAAUCAUCUUCACCUGUGGAGUGAAAAGAUCUUGAUAAAAGGUGUGGUGGUUUCGAUUGGAGGUUUGGCAUGACAAAUUUUUCAUCGUGAGACAGAGACGCUACUUCUGUGCAUGUACAUGAUCCCAGAAUUGCGUGCCAACACUGCACUACCGCAUUGCGUUUAGCAUGACAACUCUGCGUCUGAAGUGGGUUAGUUCUUUGACGGGAUAGACAAUGAAAACUUCAUAUCCCGGGUGAAAUAUGAAGGCCGUGGCCGCCGCGGGCGGUUGUCGCACGACGACCAGUGUUGGGAAGACAUUUUUGCGGACCCUCGAGACCCCAAUACAUAGACGCACAAGCGUCCGUUACAGCCAGGAGUUCGCCAUCUUGGAAUCCCCCACGCUGAUCACCCUGCUCAAGUGCACGGUCGAAUGGAAAAAUUUUUCGCGGGAGGAAUUGAGGCGGAUUCAAGCGGAUUCUCGUUCCGAUCUUGCUUCAGAACACAACCCUGACCCGAGACGCUGGAAACAGCAAGGCUGGACCUGUGGGGCGCAGAUUUGCCAUUGGGAAGAUGGAAAACAGGACCGGUUUUUUAUCAGAUAAAGAACCGAGCAUAUAACUCCAAUAGUAUUUAAAUUUAUUCUCUUGUUGGCUGUUCAUGACUGAUGUGUUGCACGACCGUGAUGUAUGAGUGUGCGCUGUUUUCAGUAAUGUGUGUGUAUGAUUUUUUACGAUAAGUGCGCAAGUGCCACCCCUCGUAUCUCUCUCGAUGUCGUGAUGUAGUCCAUGUAUGAUUCUGAUUUUAAGAAGUUAAAGUUAUAGAUACAUACGUACGUCUCCUACAAAAAUUAAAGAUUUUGGAUUCUCUCUUUGUCUCGUAUUCGUAAGGCAGAUUUUUUGGCUAAACAACGCGCACACCUAGAAGUGGAAGACGAGUUCUUGGUGGUCGUUAUUUGUUAUAACAUCUAGCAUUUUUUGAACCGGCCGGAAGACGUGUCGCAGAAAAAAUGUAUGCAAGGAGCCGGCGUGGUCGGAUGGAAGUUUUACCCGACCACUUAAGACGUGGUCGGUCUAAGAACCUGCUCCACCGUGGAACAGGUUCUUAAUACCCGACGUGUGUCUACAACUUUGCAAGAAGUUUUGACACCGCAACCGCUCCUGUCCGGAAAUUAUAAGCAGCACAAGAUUCUAUUUACAGUAAAUGGCUCAGGACUAGAGCGGCCAUGGAUGAGGGCGUGGUACUUACUAAUGGCGCUUGUUUUUGAAUGCCAGUGGCAAGAGGCGACGCCAACGGCAAGCUCGCCACUGGUACUAGCCGCCGACUGCUAAAGCGGGCGGUGAAACUACGUCACUGGGGGCGCAGAAGCGUUGUCGACUACUAGUGCUGCAGAGCAAUUUACUGCCUUGGACUUACCCUAGAGUAUGCGGGAGACUAUAACUCCGCUCACCUUUAUAACCGCACGACGGCGCGUGCGCGUCAUUCUAUAUAUGAAGGGAAGUGGUAUUGUAAUCCUAGAUACUAUGUGGUGUCAAGAAGGCUUCUGAUGUUCCUCGCCAGAGGAUAGGGAUGAUUGUCGUCCAUAGUCCUCGUCAUCAUGUGCACCCAGUGGUAUCGCACUCUAUUUUAGACAUUUUUCUAUUUCUUCUCAGCGGGUCCUCUCAGCGCCCACAGCUAUUCCUAUUUUGCGACUCAGUUCGCAAAAGU